AUGGAGCCAGGCUGGAACAGCUCCCGUCGUGGCUGGGCUGGGCACGGCAAGGGGGUGCAGAGCCCCCAGGCCCUGGCUGGGGACCCCAACGUGACCCUGCUGCACAGCCGGGAUGAAGAGCUGGCCAAGGCAGAGGUCGGGGUGCUGGCCACCAUCCUGGUGGUGGCAACCGUGGGCAACGCGGGGGUGCUGCUGGCGAUGUACCGCCUGAGGAGGAAGAUGAGCCGCAUGCACCUCUUCAUCCUGCACCUGGGGCUGACUGACCUGGGUGUCGCACUCUUCCAGGUGCUGCCGCAGAUGAUCUGGGAGGUGACGUACCGCUUCCUGGGGCCAGACCCUCUCUGCAGGGCUGUCAAGUACCUGCAGGUGCUGAGCAUGUUUGCCUCCACCUACAUGCUCAUCGCCAUGACUCUGGACCGCUACGUGGCCGUGUGCCACCCGCUGCGCACCCUGCAGCAGCCCAGCCGCCGGGCCUAUGCCAUGAUCGGGGCCACGUGGCUGCUCAGCUCCCUGCUCAGCCUGCCCCAGGUCUUCAUCUUCUCCCUGCGGGAGGUCCGGCAGGGCUCGGGGGUGCUGGACUGCUGGGCGGACUUCAGGUACCCGUGGGGCGCCCGAGCCUACAUCACCUGGACCACGCUGUGCAUCUUCAUCCUGCCCGUCGGCAUCCUCACCGUCUGCUACAGCCUCAUCUGCUACGAGAUCUGCAAGAACCUCAAGGGCAAGACCCAGAGCUGCGCCCCCAGCACGGGGGGGCCCACAACAGCCCCCCCAGCCCCCUGCUCCUCCGAGAAGGGCGGGCAGUGCCCCGGCGGGCAGCCCUCGCGCGUGAGCAGCAUGCGCACCAUCUCCCGGGCCAAGAUCCGCACGGUGAAGAUGACUUUUGUCAUCGUGGUGGCCUACGUCGCCUGCUGGACACCCUUCUUCAGCGUGCAGAUGUGGUCGGUGUGGGACGAGGAUGCUCCCGACGACGAGUCCACCAAUGCGGCCUUCACCAUCACCAUGCUGCUGGCCAGCCUCAGCAGCUGCUGCAACCCCUGGAUUUACAUGUUCUUCAGCAGGCACCUGCUGCAGGACGUGGGGCGCUGCCUCUCCUGCUGGUGCAGCCCCCGGCCCAGGCUGCGCAGGCAGGUCUCCAACGGGAGCCUCUGCAGCAGGAAAACCACCGUCCUGAGCCCCAGCCAGCACGGCGGCCUCCCCCUGCGCGGGGGCAGCUCCAGGAACCUCGACCUGCCCAAGGAGGAGGCGGUGACCGAGUCGGGCAUGCUCUAG